AUGAAGAUCGCUACUUCAAUCGCGGCUGCCAUGGCCUUGGCUCAAAGCGCCUCUGCACACUACAUCUUCCAGCAGCUCAGUGUUGGCUCGACCAAGUACCCGGUAUGGCAGUACAUUCGACAGAACUCAAACUACAACUCCCCUGUCACUGAUCUGGCCUCUAACGACCUCCGAUGCAAUGUGGGCGCCUCGGGAGCGAACACCCAGACCGUUUCGGUCAAAGCGGGCGACUCAAUAACCUUCACCCUUGACACAGCUGUCUACCACCAAGGACCGAUUUCUGUGUACAUGUCCAAGGCGCCGGGAUCUGCUGCCUCCUACGAUGGCAGUGGCAAUUGGUUCAAGAUUAAGGACUUCGGUCCUACCUUCAGUGGUACAACUUCGACCUGGCCCAUGAACCUCAGCUACACCUUCAAUCUUCCCGCCUGCAUUGCCAAUGGCGAAUACCUCCUGCGCAUCCAGAGCCUGGCAAUUCACAACCCGUGGCCAGCAGGCAUUCCUCAGGCAAGAGACCUUCAUUUCUACAUCAGCUGCGCCCAGAUCAACCUGUCAGGAGGGGGCAGCACUACCCCAAGCAACCAGGUCAAAAUCCCUGGUGCUUUCAAGGAGACUGACCCUGGAUACACUGCCAACAUCUACUCCAACUUCAACAGCUAUACCGUUCCAGGUCCCGCAGUGUUUUCUUGCAAUGGUGGUAGUGAUCCUCCCUCUACUACCCUCCAGACAUCUACUAAAUCGUCGUCCACACAGGCGCCUCCUGAGUCCACGCAGCCUUCUGGUCAAUGUUCCUCUCUCUGGGCUCAGUGUGGCGGAAGUGGCUGGACCGGUGCGAAGUGUUGCGCUACUGGAACUUGUAAGGCGCUGAACGACUUCUACUCCCAAUGUGUUCAGUAA